GAUGGAAUUAGUUGCUACUCAAUACUGUUCGAAGUUGGUCGGGAUUCCAUGCAUUAAAAGUUGCUUUCACAUCAUUUUGAAUCGCAAAUACAGUUAAGAUAUAGUUUGACGAUCAUAGGGCCACAAUAGUAGAUUUCAGCAAUGACGGAACUGAAAUCGUGUGUAGAUCAACGCCUACAACAUGGCAAUAGCUUCCGUGCCCAACAGUCUCUGAAAAGUAGUCUUCAGUCAAAUGCGAAUAAGCCCUUGAAGAAACAGAAAAGUGCUUUGGAUAACAUUGCUUUUCAUUUAGGAAUAGCAAAAACGGAUAGUGAUAAUGUUGACAAUAGGAAUCUUUACAUAACUUUGUUGUUAUGUAGUAUACUAGUGAUAGCAUUCAUGGCAAGUGUGAUGGGAUUUUUUGUGAUGUGGUUUACUGAUAUUUACGAUAAUUCUUUACUGGAGAACCUCAAAUUAAGGUAUAACACAACAGCUGCAGAAUGGUGGGAAAAACCUCCAGUAAAUCCUCUACUGAGAGUUCACGUGUUUAAUUAUACCAACAUAGAUGAAUUCAUGAAGGGUCAGGCGAAAAAACUACAUGUGGUGGAUUUAGGGCCAUAUGUUUACCACGAAACAGCCGAAAAGGUUAACAUAACCUUCAAUAAUGAUGGUACCAUAACGUAUAAAGAAAAAAGGUCUUACCAAUUUCUAGCCAACCAAUCGAAUGGUAUGCAGUACGAUAGAGUGCUUGUUCCUAAUAUACCGAUGCUGACAGCAGUUGCCGGUUACUACAGUGAAUCGUUUUACAAAAAGAUGCUGCUCAAUACGGCUAUAACAAGCGUAGGUGCAAAAGCGUUCAAGAUUCUUCCGGUGGAUUCUUUUCUCUGGGGCUAUGAAGACGAAUUAUUGAAUUUAGCAAAAAAGUUUUCAUUCAACAGUGAAAUCUCAUUUGAAAAGUUUGGUAUCUUAAUGACGCGAAAUGGCACUAGCUCUGAGACAUUUACGAUAUAUUCGGGAGAAUCGGAUUUGAGACAGUUGAGUAUAAUCAAAGAAAUGAACGGUAAAUCAUCAAUGGACAUGUGGACAACUGAUGAGUGCAAUCGUUUGGAUGGUACUGAUGGGUCACAAUUCCCACCUCACUUAAUGGAUAAGCGGCAAACGUUGUACGUUUUCAUCAAGUCUCUCUGCCGUAAAUUUCCCCUCCGGUACGAGAAGGAAGUAACGCUUUUUGAUGGUAUCCCAGCUUGGCGAUAUAAAGCUCCAACUGACGUAUUUGCUCAUCCAGAUGUAAAUGCAGACAAUCAGUGCUUCUGUCAUUUGGGCUCAGCGUCAUGUCCCCCAAGUGGGCUUCUUAAUGCCACUUUGUGUUCAUACGGUGCUCCAAUCUAUGCUUCAUUUCCUCACUUCUACACCGGUGACAGUAAAUUACUAGAAACUGUCAGUGGAUUGAAUCCUCAGAAAGAGAAGCACGAAACAUUUGCCGAUAUUCAUCCGAGAUUAGCAUUCCCCAUAGAUGGUGCAUCGCGGUUUCAAAUCAAUGUUCAAGUUAGAAAAACGUCUUACAUUACAGGUAUGGAGCCGUUCGAAGAAGACCAAAUAUUACCAGUUGUAUGGCUGGAAGUAGUGCCUGGCGAAAUUUCAGAUGAAUUACGUAAUAUGAUAUACCACAGCACCUUUAGCGCGAAUGCUAUUCAACUCUCGUUUAAAUAUGGAUCGCUAUUAAUUUGUGUAACAACUUUCAGUCUUUUAGCGAUGACUUGCUAUUUUCGUAGGAAAAACGGUUCAGACAUCAAUGAGGAUCGACAGCUCUCAAAGAUAGAUCAGGUUGAUACAUGAAUUUAUAAACACAAUAAACACGGAACAACCCGAAUCAAAUUUGUACAAAACAUACUCUCUAGAGCAGAUAAAAUUGACAAAUAAAUUAAUCGAAACGUGAAUUUAUAUGACCCAAAAAUAAAAAUGAUCAAAUAUGUACUCAAAAAUAUAGGCAACUAAUGUGUAAUGAUGCUAUCGAAAGACGAAGAACACACAGGGAAAAUAAAUUUUUAGUAAUGAUAUAAUCAUUAAUCACUGUGAA